AUGAAAUCGAGGAAUUCACCUUCUGUGGAUCUGCCGAGAUCACGAAGAGUAGUGAGUAUGGCGUCCACGUCGACUAUACAGAUUUCACACUUGGGUCCGGAACCGGCUAGUAAAGAGGAAUUAUACAAAUAUGUAUUGAAAGUUAUUCUUUUGGAAUAUAGUAAUGAAGCUCGGUUUAGAACACCAAUACUAGAAUCAAUCAAACAAACAACACGUCCUAGUAGCAAUAGAUCAAGUAUGGUAUUUGACCAAAAGAUCCCACAGUAUGCUUUGAAAAACUUGAAAACUCAAUUACAAUUGAUCAUGACAAAUAAAAAACAAGUUGACGAAAAAUUUCGAAGAUCAUUAUUAAGAAUAUACGGUGAAUUAUUAGAUCCCAAUCUGGAGAAUGAGGUUCGGAAAAUUGAUUUUUUGAUACCUAAAUUUGCUGCAUUUGCAAAUCAAGAAUUAAAAAAAGUGUCACAAAUGAAUGAUGACGAGAUAACUGACACUGUUUUUGAACAAACUAGACAAUUUGUUGAUUUUCUUAUAGAAAUUGUGACGGCAAAGAAAGAUUACGAUCCAGCAUUGAUAUCACAAUUGAAAGCCAGAAAAGAUUCUUUCCAAACAUCAAAUGCCAAACUACAACCUGAAUCCAAUCAAAAUGUCAAGUAUCCAACUAAAUCCUAUAGAAUAAGUGACAUGAAUAAAUCAUUUGUUGAUUUACUUAAAAAGAUUUUCGAUGUUGACGAUACGAAAUUACAACAAGAUGUAUUCAAAUAUAAAGACAUAGCAUUAGCUAAACCAUUACAUCAUGAUGUCCAAGAAUUAGCUAAAAUACAGGUGAACCUAGAUAAUUUCUCAUCUGACACUGCAUUGCAACAAUGGAAAGAAAGACAAGAACACAUUAAGUCUCAAGUUAUUAAUAGAUACAAAAUCCCGUCUGACUUGACACUUUUACCUAUACCGCCAAUUCCUAGUGAUGAAGAUUAUUAUGUUCUUCCCAAGAAUGGAGAACUGAGAAUAUAUUUCCAGACUCUUGUGAAAUGCAUAAUGAAUUCUCGGAAUCAAAUGGAAUUUUCUGACCCCAAUGAACCAUUUUUCGAAAAAAAUGAAUUGGACUUGAUUAAUAUUUGUGCAAGAGCUUGGCACAUAGACUACCCCACUAGAGCAGUAGCCUUAUACUCAGCAGCACAAUCUGCAGAUGCAUUGGUUGAUUUUCCCUUAGAUACUGCACUGAAGAAAUCAACUCCUGUAAACAUUAUAGCCAGUGAAAAAUUGUUUCAUUUAUGUAAACAGAUGGUAGAAGAUGGGAACUUGGAUUGGGAUGAAAAAACCAUAUGGUCAAUUGAAGAUCAAAAUGAAUGGGUGAAUGACUUGUCUGAAUCUUAUAGUCAAGUAUUUAAUGCAUUGAAAGAAAACCUUCAAUUGAUAUUCAAUGAAACUGUGAAACCUAAAUUCGGUCCUUAUUUGCAAUUCCUUGGUGAUUACAUUGAAUCAGAUGCAUUAUUCCCAUUGAUGGAAGAGACAAAUUUACCUAAAAAAUGGGAAAAAAGGCUUACAAAGUCAUUAAUGAAAGUUGCUGGAGGCAGAUAUGGAGAAUACCUUGCUAGUUUACCUAGAAAUGGUUCAGUCAAUGUGAUUCACAUAAUUAAUGUUUGUGACAGUUUAAUAGCCGAUAUCAAGAAGCUACAGAAACGUUACAAGAAUCCAUUAUUAGGAUUUUUAAAUGUGGCGAGAACUGUUGCUUCAAUCACUACGGGAAUGUUUGCUAGUGAUGCUGAAGCAACUCUUAACUACAUUAAAACAAUACUACAAAACAAUGAUGAAAGAAUACCUUAUGCCGAUGCCUUGGAGGUUUAUCAAUUGCUUAACGAAAUUAGAGAUAUUCAUAAUCAAGUAACGCCAGCUGGCUCGGUGUUUAAAUUUGAUUUAGAGAAAUUCUUUUACCCUUAUUUGGAAGCUUGGGUCAAUGAAAGUGAUGAGAAAGUACAUGGUAUUGUUAAUGAGGCACUCAAAAAAGAUAACUAUGAACCCAUUGAUUUAGAUGAAGAUGAUAAAAGAAGCAGUCAUACUAUAUUGGAUAUAUUUGCCAUUAUUAAGCAAUAUGUAAUGACAAUUAAAAAACAGAAUUGGAAUGAUGAAAAUCAGAUCAACAAUGUUUAUACUGUUUUAUUGAAAAGUAUUUCCAAUGGAGCAUUGUUCUAUUCUGACCAAGUUUCAAAAAAAAUAAUACAAGAAUUACAACCUCCGGCCCCAGAACCAACAGAAGAAGAAAUUCCUGAAUCGAAAAAGAAUUGGUUGCAUGAAGUUAAAAAUGUGGUUUCAAAUAUUCAAAAUUUUAAAAGACCUGAACCUGAAGUGGUUUACAAUUUCGAAGCAACUACUUGUGUGGCAUUGAAUAACUUAUCAGCAAUGAUGAAUCAAUUAACAAAACUUGAAGAUUGGAUUGAUGUGGAAACACUUUCUGCAACUUCUUCAUCACCAAAACAAUAUUUGAGUCAUGUUUUCUCCAUUAGAAUUGUUCGCGGUGAAAAUCUUCGUGCUUCGAAAGAUGCCAUGUGGGGGAAAAUUAAUCCUUAUGUCGCCGCAGUUGAUUUGAAUGGUAAAAGGUUACUUACAAGGACAAGAACAAUCGAUCAUAACCCUGAUCCUGAAUGGGAUGAAGAAUUUGAAAUUACCAUCCCACCAGAACAGUCAUCACUUGAUAUUUCAGUUGUUGUUUGGGAUGAUAGAUUUGGUCAACAUCAAUUAUGUGGUAAGGCAUUCCUUGAAUUAAACCCCAGAAGAUUUAGUACCAGUGGUAUCCCUGAAGAAAUCACUUUAGACCUAGAUUUCCAAGGGAAAGUUGUACUUGAAGUUGCCGUUGAAAGUGAAAUUUUGGAUGCCAAAUUUGUCAUGGGGAGAGCUUUUAGAGCUUUAAUGAGAGCUCAAGAAAGAUCAAUUAAAUUGAUAGUUGAGAAAUUUUCAGGUUUCAUUCAGAGUUGCUUUUCACGCGCCAAUUUGAAAUCAGUUUGUGCUAAAGGUCAACCAUCAAGAGAAGAAUUUGAACAAUCAAUACAAAAUUUAUGUGAUUAUUUGAAUAUGAAUUUAAGUAUUCUCAAAGGGUUCUUGAUGAAUGAAAUCUUUAUGAAAACUAUGGUGGCAACUUGGAAAAAUGUUGUUAGUGCUGCUGAUGAAUUAAUGUUACCUAAAUUAUCAAAAGCGAAAAUCAAUACUGAAUCUGGUGGUACAUCAUGGCAAUCUGUUUCAUCAAAACUCGCCACAGUUUCAUUAUCUUCAAUUGGGAUUUUAGGAAUUGAUGGACCAUUAUCAAUUAAUGAAAUUGAAACUGUUUUAGGUUGGCUUAAUUUCUUGUGUACAUUUUUCCAUCAUGAAGGUAAUGGACCACCUAUGGAAGAUUUAAAAACUGAUCAAUAUCAAUCAUUACUUUUAGUUCCGGCUUUAUAUGAUCAAACCGAUGAAUAUUUGAUUGAAGAAGUAGAAAGAUUAUCUACUGCUUAUGUACAAAUGUUGAACAAUAGAAAUAAUGCCGAUUUGGCAUUUCAUACUGAAAAUAAUGGGAAUUCAAUUAAAAAUGGGAAAAGCAUGAAUAGAACUGGAAGUCUUUUAAGAAAUAAUACCAUCAAUGCUAAUGCUACUGCAAAAGCCAGAAAGCAAGCUGCUAAAGAAAUAAAAGAAGCAAAAUCAGAUCCGAUUGCCAGUAAAACAUCUAAAGAAGAUAUAAUUUUAAGAAUAUUAAUUGCAAGAGGUAAAAGAAAUUAUGUUUGUCAAAGAUUAAAUCAAAGAGCAAAAUUGGCUUAUAGUAUGGCCACGGAAAGAAUGGCUAGAGCAGCAGCAGAAAGAAGAUUCAAUUGA